AGCCAGACAUAAGUAGUCGCUCGGUGGAAUCACUACAGCUGUGGCACUUCCUGGUCAGCAGUGACUUCCAUUAGAAAUAUUUCUUAUCGAAUGUUUCACUCGUUAACUAUCACACUAUAAGUCGGCGAGUUUACUGCUACAACACAAACAGGAUUCCUUGUCGUUUAAGUCAGCAAACGUUGGUUAGUUGCUGAGCUAACGUCAACGUUUGCUGCGUUGUCGCCAUGUCCGCCUCUGCCGGAUGCUCCCCGGCGGGCCACAGCUCGGCCCUCAGCCCGGGCAUGUCGGUGUUCCGCUGGCUGGAGGUGCUGGAGAAGGAGUUCGACAAGGCCUUCGUGGACGUGGACCUGCUGCUCGGGGAAAUAGACCCGGACCAGGUGGACAUUACGUACGAGGGCAGGCAGAAGAUGACCAGCCUGAGCUCCUGCUUCGCUCAGCUGUGCCACAAAGCCCAGACUGUUUUCCAACUGAACCACAAACUGGAGGCCCAGCUCAUAGACCUACGCUCUGAGCUGACUGAGGCUAAGGCAGAGCGGGUGGUGGUGGAGAGAGAAGUCCACGACCAGCUUCUGCAGCUUCACGCUCUCCAGCUGCAGCUCCAUGCCAAGCAAGGUCAAGAUCCAGAGUCUGACUCCAUCAAACAUCGACUGCCUGCCUGUACAUUGGAACAGAUGGAACAGGAGCUUGAGGCCAGCAAGAAGGAGAAAUUGUCUGAAGCGAGACUGGAGGCUGACGUUAGACUGUACAAGAAAGAAAAUGAGGCUCUUCGCCGUCACAUGGCUGUACUUCAGGCUGAAGUGUACGGUGCUCGACUUGCUGCCAAGUACUUGGACAAGGAACUGGCUGGCAGGGUGCAACAGAUCCAGUUACUGGGUCGUGAUAUGAAAGGGCCGGCACACGACAAGUUGUGGAACCAAUUGGAGGCUGAGAUCCACCUUCACCGCCACAAAACUGUCAUCCGAGCAUGCAGGGGGCGCAAUGAUCCAAAUAAACCACUUCCCUCGCCUAUCGGACAUGACCCAGACAUGCUGAAGAAAAGUCAAGGAGUGGGUCCUAUCAGGAAGGUGUCCCUAGUCAAAGAGGACCAUGAGGGUCUGGGGAUCUCCAUCACGGGGGGAAAGGAGCACGGUGUUCCUAUUCUCAUCUCAGAGAUCCACCCAGGGCAGCCUGCUGACAGAUGUGGUGGUUUGCAUGUUGGAGACGCCGUCUUGGCGGUUAACAGCAUUAACCUGAGAGACGCCAAACACAAGGAGGCUGUCACCAUUCUCUCCCAGCAGUCGGGGCAAAUAGAGUUCGAAGUGGUGUACGUAGCUCCAGAGGUAGACAGCGAUGACGAGAACGUGGAGUAUGAAGAUGACAACGGCCAUCGCUACAGACUCUACCUGGAUGAGCUGGAGGAGAACGACAAUGGUGGCUCAGCAUCGUUACAAGCCGCUCUGGAGAAGAUGUCAGUGAACAAGAGUGCAGAGAACGGCGAUGCAGGACUCUGCAGUGAGACGCCGUCAGAGGAAACUCCCUCCAAGCCUCCCGACGCUCAGACCUCCUCGUAGAAGACGACCGAGUGCGCAGCAUGCAGAAGUUUUAUUGUGCAAAUUCAAGUACUGAAUCCACACGCAGAAGCAGUAUGUCGUCCCUCCUUAACGGGGACAUUAAAGGGUUUGCACGGGCUUGGACAGGAAGUUUACUUAGCGCAGGGUCUUGAUUGUCUGGCAUGGUUAGUGUGCUAACGACCUGGCAAAGAGACCACAUGGUCGUACUCACACUCGUACUGGGAUGGACUCGGGCGCCAUACCCCUCCCCUCCGGGCCCCCGCUGGCCACCAGUCACACUGAUCAUCAUGAGCCAUCUCUUCUAUUCUGCUCUUUUACUUCUCUGACUUUAGGGGUUGUUUGCAGUCUUACUUGGAGUCGCCCCAAUAAUUGGUUGUGUGCUAGGUUCCCAUGAGCUACUUGUGAGGGAAGCAAUUGGAUCAUUGAAAUAACACCUCUUUUUUAAACACUUAAGUGUGCUGCAGAUUUGACUUUAGGGUAUUUUUAAGCCUCCGUAUUCCAUUUCUAUGAUAGAUUGUGUUGGUUAUUAUUAAUCAUCUACAGGGAGUGGUUUUGUUAGUCACUACUUUGCGCGGACUACAGUGGAACUGUACUCUGGUAGAGUGGAAUGUUUGUUGGGUCAGGAAAAAACACGGAGGCUAUUUCAUCCUGAAAAGCCUGUUUCGCAGGGGAGAAGAGCAGGGAAACCUGCAAAACAGGCUUGUAGGGAUG